CCUAAAGCAAACAGAUCAUCUAAAAUGAAAUUUAUCAUCUUGACUUUGGCCGUGGUUGGCUGUGUGGCCGCCGAAUCGGGCUACAACUACAAUGCUCCCCGCCAGGCAGCCGCCUCUGCCCCGGCUCCAGUUUUCCAGCAGGCUGCCUCUGCUCCUGCCCCAGUGAGGACCUACGUGCCCCCUGCCCCUGCUGCCUCUGCCCCAGUGCAGACGUUUGCCCCUGCCCCAGCUCCAGUUGCUGCCCCUGCUCCCGUUUUCCAGCAGGCCGCCUCUGCGCCAGCACCAGUCCGCACCUACGUGCCCCCCGCUCCCCAGGUCCACCACCAUGCCGCCGCCUCAGCUCCAGCUCCGGUUCAGUCCUUUGCUCCGGCCCCAGCACCCGCCCCCGCACCCGUGCAGUCCUUCGCCCCUGCUGCCGCUCCGGCUUUCGAGUCCUCCGGCCCGGUGUUCGAGGCCGCCGCUUCCGCCCCCUCUGCCGCCCGCUCCGGAUACGAUUAUAGCCAGCCCGCCGCCAGCCAGCAGGGAUACAAGUACAAGACCGUCCGUCGCCGUGUGUUCAAGCACCGCGCUUAA